GCCGAGAUCAGUGCUACAACGCUUCUUGAAGCAACAUCAUCGCGUAGAAUAAACCCCCGAAACCGGUUACUUGCAUCUUUCUUAACCAGAGCGAUAACGAAACUCGUCGAGCACAAACGAUGUUCUACCCGUACCGUGUAGCGAUAAUCCUCAUUGUUUCUGUGUGUCUGACCUUGCCAGAAAAUGGACUCGUCUUGGGCGCCCCGGAUAACAAUGGCUGUCCGAAUAUCGUCAAGCGAGCUCAAUGGAGUGCUUCCAAAUCGACAAACGUCACCUAUCAGAUUAAACCGGUACCCUUCGUUGUGGUCCACCACACGGCCACGGCGGAUUGCAGCGAAAUGGUCGUCUGUAAGGGAAUCGUCCGAUCGAUCCAAGAUACCCAUCAGAAGGGGAACAAGUGGAGCGAUAUUGGUUACAACUUCCUGAUCGCGAACGGUGGUAACGUGUACGAAGGAAUCGGCUGGCACCGGGUAGGGGCCCACACCCGAGGCUACAAUAGCAAAUCGAUCGGGAUCGCCUUCAUCGGUAACUACGCGGAUGAACUUCCGUCCGCAAAGGCCUUGCGGGCAGCCAAUAAACUGCUCGAGUGUGGCGUCAAACUGGGUGAGCUGGAUGGGGACUAUCGGUUGUACGGAGCGAGACAGAUAAGCAAGACGGCCAGUCCGGGGGAUGCGCUGUACGCGGAAAUUCAGGAGUGGGAUCAUUUUGAUUUCGAGCCGGUGGUGUGAGGAAGGACAACUUAGGUAGGUACCCGAGUACAAACCAACGAUAAAAUGAGCCCUUAGGAGAAUCAUAAAUCAAUAGUUAUUAAAGUCUAACAAUUUAAUUUCCAUAUAUUUUAUUUCAAAAUAAAUGAGAGUAAAUAAUAAUCAAGAGAUCAAUCAUUAAAUUAGUACUUAUUGAAAAUUCACACUGAUACAGCCUAACAGAAC